AUGGAAGCUGUUCUCUGCGUCAUCCCGCCUUCCUUCUCGGCAUCAAGAAACAAGCCUCAACUCGCAGCUUCAGCGAAACGGUUCGCUUCAUGCUCAUCGUUUCUUCAUUCUUCGGUUCAUUCAUUAUCUUUCGGUGCUAUCUUCUCUCCGCAGCCCUUCCCUUCGGACCCUUCUUCUCACUCUUCUUCAUUGAAGGGACGAAGCAGGAAAGGUAGGGUUUGCACGGCUUUAGCGGGGGUGGAUGAAGAAACAGUGCUUGCAGAAGAAAUUAACGGAGAAAGAUAUGUGCACGCAGCAAACGAUGACGUUUCCCAUAAGAGAGAACCAAGCAAAGUUGGUAGGCCGUGUGAAUUAUAUGUUUGUAAUCUUCCGAGGAGCUGUGACUCGACGCAGCUUCAAGAUAUGUUCAAGCCUUAUGGAGCUGUUCUGUCUGCGGAGGUUGAUCGUAAUGACGGGACCGGUGAGAGUAGAGGAUGUGGUUAUGUCACAAUGGGAUCAGUAAACUCAGCCAGAAAAGCAGUUGCUGCAUUAGAUGCAUCGGAUAUUGGUGGGCGUGAAAUGCGAGUUAGAUUUUCAGCUGAGAUGAAUCCUGGAAGGAGAAGUGCUGAGACGAUGAACUCGUCACCCCAGAAAGUUAUAUUCUAUGAAACUCCUCACAAGUUGUAUGUUGGCAAUCUGGCUAGGGCUGUUAAACCUGAAGACUUGUGGAAACAUUUUCAAAGAUUUGGGACUGUGACUAGUGUAAGAAUAUUGCAUGAUUAUAAAGUAGGGAAUGGCCGCAUUUAUGCAUUUCUCUCCUUCCUUUCACAGUCAGAACGUGAUGCAGCAAUGUCUCUUAAUGGAACCGAACUUCGUGGCCGUACAAUAGUAGUGAGAGAAGGCGUAGAGAGGACCGGGCCAUAGCCGGAGCUUUCGGUAUCGGAUCAAAGUUUCUAAAGUUGAGAACUUAUCGCACGUGAAAAAUGUAAUGCUGAAGAAAAAGUUAUUUAUUUAUUCCUUUGGCAGCGUCAUCAAGAUUUGGAUCCCUGCUCUUGUUUUUGUCGUCUUUCAACUGGCAGUCAGCAAAUAUCAAAGGCGUUGCAAGGGCAGUAGUUCAUUUAGUAAAUUUUGAAUUGUAUGUUGAAAGAAAAGGAGUAAAUUUUGAAUUCCGUAUUUCUAUCAGAACUGUAAUUUUGGCGAGCAGUGAAUAUGGACUCGGGAAUGUAAGUAGCAUUUGCAUUCAUCCUACUUAUAAAUUGAUAUGAAACGCCUGUCAUGUAAGUAGCAUAUCCAAACAGCCUUGAAGAUAUAACAGCAGUAAUGAAUGGUUAGGGCUUACAAA